AUGGACCUCGACAAGACGCCGCCCCAUGCGGAGAUUCAAGAAGCUGCGAAAGAGCUCGCGGGCACGAAGCGCAAGCGGCGUUGGGGUGUCGAGACUGAGGUGAAGGAGAACAAGGCCGAGGUGAAGGGUGGUGAGUGGCCCAAGGAAGCUUUCGAGGAGGCUGCGCCUAAGAAGCGGAGGUCUCGAUGGGACACUACGCCAGCGAACGUCAAUGCUGCGGGCGAGACACCGAAGACGUCGCGCUGGGACCUGGCUCCCGCCGCUGCGCCCGACACCCCGAUGCAACCCAUUAUCAUGAACGCGCCCGGCUUCAUGCACGAGGACAAGCACAACCGCUACCUCACGGACGAAGAACUCGAAGCCAUUCUCCCUGCGGCUGGCUACACUAUCGUCACCCCGCCGCCGGGCUAUGCGCCUUUGGUCCGCCCACCCAAGUUCGCCACUCCCACCUCGGAUGUCGGCGGCUUCCAAAUUCAAGAGAGCUCGGAUGCAGCGGCGGCGGCGGCGGCAGCAGGUCUUGCGCCCGAACUACCGACCGAGAUUCCUGGCGUAGGCAGCCUCGCAUUCUUCAAGGCCGAGGAUGCGCAGUACUUCGCCAAGAUCCUCAAGGAGGAGGAUGAGACAGAGCUGUCCGUGGACGAAAUGAAGGAGCGCAAGAUCAUGCGGCUCCUGCUCAAAAUCAAGAACGGUACGCCUCCCGUUCGUAAAACAGCCUUGCGACAGAUCACCGACAAGGCGCGCGAGUUCGGCGCCGGCCCGUUGUUCGACAAGAUCUUGCCGCUGCUCAUGGAGCGUACGCUCGAGGACCAGGAGCGUCACUUGCUCGUGAAGGUUAUCGACCGGGUGUUAUACAAGCUCGACGACCUCGUCCGGCCAUAUGUCCACAAGAUUCUCGUCGUCAUAGAGCCUCUGCUCAUCGACAAGGACUACUACGCUCGUGUCGAAGGUCGUGAGAUUAUCUCCAACCUUUCGAAGGCUGCCUGUCUCGCGCAUAUGAUCUCUACCAUGCGCCCGGAUAUCGACCAUGCCGAUGAAUACGUGCGUAACACCACCGCGCGUGCGUUCUCCGUCGUCGCCUCCGCUCUCGGCAUUCCCUCCCUUCUACCCUUCCUCAAGGCUGUCUGCAGGAGUAAGAAGUUCUGGCAGGCGCGCCACACCGGUAUCCGUAUCGUCCAGCAGAUUGCGAUCAUGAUGGGGUGCGCCGUCCUCCCUCAUCUGCGCAACCUCGUCGACUGUAUCGCGCACGGUCUUCAGGAUGAGCAGCAGAAGGUCCGGACGAUGACUGCGCUCGGCCUUGCCGCACUCGCCGAGGCAGCUGCGCCAUACGGUAUCGAGUCCUUCGACAACGUCCUUAAGCCGCUUUGGGUCGGUAUCCGUCUCCACCGUGGCAAGUCGCUCGCUGCCUUCCUGAAGGCCAUCGGCUUUAUUCUGCCCCCUGAUGGAUCCCGAGAAGUCACCAUCAUCCUCAUUCGUGACUUCCAAACGUCCGACGAGGAGAUGAAGAAGAUCGUGCUCAAGGUUGUCCAGCAGUGCGCCGCGACGGAGGGUGUCACGCCGCAGUAUAUCAAGCAAGAUAUUCUACCCGACUUCUUCAAGGCCUUCUGGGUGCGGCGGAUGGCGCUCGACAGGAGGAACUACAGGCAGGUUGUGGAGACGACCGUCGAGUUGGCGCAGAAGUCCGGCGUCGCGGAGAUUGUCGGCAGGAUCGUCAACGAGCUCAAGGACGAGGCGGAGCCAUACCGCAAGAUGGUCAUGAAGACGAUCACGAAGGUCGUCGCGUCCCUCGGCACAUCCGACAUCGACGAGCGUCUUGAGGUACGGCUCGUCGACGGUAUCAUCUACGCCUUCCAAGAGCAGACGACCGAGGACCAGGUCAUGCUGGAUGGUUUCAGUACCAUCGUCAACGCUCUCGGCAUCCGUGUCAAGCCAUACCUCACGCAGAUCGUCUCUACCAUCCUCUGGCGUCUCAACAACAAGAGUGCGAAGGUCCGUCAGCAAGCUGCGGACCUCACGACUCGCCUUGCUGUCGUCAUCAAGCAAUGCGGCGAGGACCAGCUCCUCAACAAGCUUGGCUUGGUGCUCUUUGAGCAGCUCGGUGAAGAAUAUCCCGAUACGCUGGGUAGUAUCAUCGCUGCAGAGGGUGCCAUCGCGAACGUUGUCGGUAUGACGCAGAUGAAUCCGCCAGUCAAGGAUCUCCUCCCUCGGAUGAUCCCUAUUCUUCGUAACCGUCACGAGAAGGUGCAAGAAGCCACAAUUAACUUGAUCGGUCGUAUAGCCGAUUGUGGCGCUGAGUUCGUGCCUGCUCGUGAAUGGAUGCGGAUCUGUUUCGAGUUGCUUGACCUCCUCCAUCAGGAAAAACCGUGCCUACAUAAGGUCUCAUCAGAGGUCAUUUACAAGACAUCUUAG